GGGCUAACAUGGCGGCCACGAGAGCUCUUUUUGCGGUCAGAGGAUCGGACGGAAUAUCUAUUGUUCAUGGCCCGCCAAAGUUUAGGCAACACGAGGACUUUGGAAGUGACAACUCUCCUCGAUGCAGGGCAAUGACCUUUAGUCCUGAUGGGUCUCUCUUUACUUGGUGUAAUGGCCAAAGUGUAAUAGUUGUAGACACGUCCAAGUUCAGUUUAGUAUGCCGUAUUCCUAAAGAGAAAACUCAGUGUUUGGACUUCUCUCCUAAAGCCACUCACCUGUCAAUAUGGGAACAGUACACAGCAAGUAAAGAUCAGUCUGCAGGAGUAAACAACCUUGAAAUCUGGAAUCUUCAGGCUGGAAGAUUAGUUGCUGGAUUUUCACAGAAGAAGAAGGACACUUGGCAACCAAAGUGGAGUGAAGAUGAGUCAGUCUGUGCUCGAUCUGUUAACAAUGAGAUUCACUGCUUUCACGAAGCAGAUUUCACUUCAAUUGCAACCAAACUGAGGCUUCAAGGAAUCUCAGAUUUUGAGCUCUCUCCAGGUCCCCCUCCAUUUACUGUGGCAGCUUAUGUUCCUGGUUCAAAGGGUGCACCAUCGUAUGUGCGAUUAUUUAGACACCCAAAUUUUGACAAUCCUGCUUCUGUUCUAGCCAAUAAAAGCUUUUUCAAGGCAGAUAGAGUGAAAUUGAUGUGGAACAAGAAAGGCUCUGCUGUGCUUGUUGUAACAACAACAGAUGUUGACACAACAGGUGCCUCGUAUUAUGGUGAACAAACACUGCAUUAUAUCAGUACUUCUGGAGAAAGCAGUAUGGUGCAGUUAGCUAAAAGAGGACCAAUAUACUCAGUUCAAUGGAGUCCAAACUCAAAGGAAUUCUGUGUGGUGUAUGGCUUCAUGCCAGCCAAGGCAACAUUAUUUAAUAUAAAAUGUGAAUCCUUGUUUGACUUUGGGACUGGACCACGUAACGACGUCUUUUACAACCCUCAUGGAAAUAUUAUCUGCCUGGCUGGGUUUGGAAAUCUUAGAGGCCAGUUGGAAAUGUGGAGUAGAAAAGAUUUUAAGCUAAUUAGCAAACCUCAGGCAAGUGACUCUACAUACUUUGAAUGGUGUCCAGAUGGUGAACAUAUUUUGACUGCAACAACAUCUCCAAGGCUCAGAGAAGGAAAUGGGUACAAACUGUGGCAUUAUACAGGAAAGCUGUUAGAUGAAAGAAGAGUUAGUGAACUUUGGGAGGUUAAGUGGCAACCUGUUCCAGAUGGAAAGUUUAAGGAGCCAACUAUUGACUACAGUGCUGCGGUGUCUGCCACGACACAAGAACAACAGAAAACUAAAGAUGUUUAUCGACCUCCUGGUCUCAGAGGAUUGGCACCUUCAGUAAAAGUGCAUGAGAAUGAACCUGCAGAAAAUAUGAAGCCAAAGGAAGGCCAGGAAAUCUCAAAAUCAGCAGCUAAAAAUAAGAAAAAAAGAGAGGCCAAAGCAAGAGCAAAGCAAGAACAGGAAGUUGCUACUCAGGAGGCAGUGAGGUCAAAACUUCCUCCAUCAUCACCAGCAUCACCACCAGUAGCUGAUACAACUCUUCCACCAGAGAAAGAAAAGAAGCUAAGAAAUUUGAAAAAGAAAUUGCGUCAGAUUGAAGACCUGAAGGAGCAACAGAGAUCUGGAAAAACACUGGAAAAAAAUCAGCUUGAUAAGAUGGCAGCAGAGGCAUCACUCAUAAAGGAAAUCCAAGAAUUAGAGCUUGGAAGCUGACACAAAUUUUUACAAUUCUUAAUACAGUUAUCCCUUUCAUUUUCCAACAUGAUCAAAAGGAAUUUCGCCUUUUGAUAUCAAUAUAUUUUGAAACAGUAUGGUGAUGAGAAGAGAGAAAAAAAUACACCAAUUGCAAGUGUCAUGUUUGAUUACAUAAAAAGUUCUUAGAGUAAGAAGUGAAAGAAAAUGUACCGCAGGCAAUAAAGAGAAGUGAUGUCUUGAUCUUAGAAUUGAAAGGGUUAGGGAGCCUCUUAGAAUAAAACCAAGAAUUUGACAAUUUAUAUUAAGUACAACUGAUGUUCUACCAAGAGUAUUAACCAACAGAAACAAAUAGUUUUAUGUACUUCGUUGUAAUAUCAAAAAAUCCUUUAGUCUC